AUGCCCAAUUCACUCAAAGUCUCGCUCGUUAACAACGCCCCCCCGGGCACUACCGUCUACGCUUACAUCACCGGCCUCGCGAUCCAACACUCCUCCCGCCGUGUUUUUGUCAAGCAGGACAGCUCCCUUUACUUCCCUUCUAAUCCCAGCCAGAUUCUGCAGCCUCUUGAAGAAGACUGCGCCAUUGUUCUCGGCAGCCAGUCGAGUGUGGUGACGAUCCCUCAAAUAGCGGGCGGUAGAAUCUGGUACAGCUAUGACACGCCGUUGACCUUCUUGCGCAACCAAGGCGGGCCUGGCGGUGGAGCGGCGCUUGUUGAGCCCUCUGUUUUGAACCCGACUGAUCCGAAUAACCAAGUCAACUUUGGGUUCUGUGAGUUCACGCUUGAUCCAGCGCAGCUGUUUGCCAAUAUCAGUUAUGUGGAUUUUGUGAGUGGGAUUCCGGCUGGAUUGACGCUCAAGGAGAGGGGUGGGAAGGUGCAGCAUGUCAGUGGGAUGGCAGAGGAUGGGUUGGAGAGAGUUUGUCAGGGGUUGAGGGAGCAGACGAAGAAGGAUGGGUGGCCUUGGGAGAGGCUGAUUGUUAUGAAGAAGGGAGGUGGUGGUCAAGUGCUGAGGGUGCUGAGUCCGACUCAUGCUGGGGCUGCGAGGGUGAAAUUCGACGGGUUUUUUGAGCCGUUGGUGGAAAGAGCUUGGAGGAAGUAUGCUCAGGGGGUGGAGGGGGGCCAUACAAAUGGGCAUAAGGAGGAGAUCAAGGCUGAGAAAGAUGGGAAGCGGAAUAGGCUGUCGGCUCUGUUCAUGGGGUUCAAAAAUAAGGGUCAGAGUCAAAGUCAGCAAAGCCAUGGGGCCGAAACAGGGUGUGAGAUGCAUGUCGACACGCAAACGCCAAUGGGGGUUUUGAGUGGGUGCAUUCCAAAGGGCAAGAACGAGCUCAUCAUAGGAGGAGAGGCGUUUUCGAAGCCUACCACGGCAGAUAUUCUAGGUUGCAACAGUGGGCCGUUUACCACGGGCCCAUCACCAAAACGAAACGCCAUUAUUCCAAGACUUGCGGCUGCGUUCCAGAGGAGCUGUAUUGCGGAUAUCAUGGAGCACCCUUCUCCGCCGGAGACGUUUUACUGCUGCGAGCCUACGAACCAUUAUUGCCGAAUUGUACACGAGUGCAAUCUUGAUGGCAAGGGAUAUGCGUUCGCAUAUGACGAUGUUCAGCCGGAUGGGGGGGCUGACCAGAGCGGGAAGGUCAACGCAGGAGAUCCAGAGGAGUUUAUUGUUUUGAUCGGCGGGCGUGGGGCAUAUGUGGGAGGUAGGAUGCCAUGA